CACUCCAUCCACGUCCACCCAGUAGGCUGCACCCACUCUGGCCACAUGCUCCCGGCCCCCCAAGGGCAACCACAAUGCUGAUGCGGCCCUCAGUGAAAUUGAGUUUGACACCCCUGGUCUAUCCCAUUAUGUAUUUCAAAUAAUUUGCAGCAAUUCUGUACAAUUUUUGUUGGACUAAUGAAAGAAUAGGGCUUUUUUUCUUCCCGGUCAACACCAUUAUUUAUUUUUUAGCAACCUAUACAGUAUGUGUGGAGGGAGUAAGAGUGAAUGUGAGAGUAAAAGAGGGGGGGGGAUUCUAGAUUAAUUUAUGACAUAUUAUGGCUGAGUUUACUAGUUAAGGUAAGUUUGUUGACUAAAUGGUAAUACAGAUUGUAGUUUAAAAAUCAGCUAAGGACUGGGCUUGUAAGCUGCCCAGAGUUACCCUGUGAUAAGGUGGGCAACCAAUAAAUUUAACAAAUAAAUAAAUAGUCUAGGCCAAAUACGAAGCAAGCACAUUAUAGCUUAGCUUUAUGUGUAAUGAGAAUUUUACAAACCCUGGCAGAAGAAUAUCAAUGAGGCAUCAGGACAGAAGUGAAGGAAUCAUUUGUAAAAAAUAAGCAGCUUUUAGAGGAGAAAAAAAUCUGAGAGGAUUUGAGUCCUUGAGACUUGCAAACCAGUAUGCUUGUUUAUCCUACAGUUUGGGCAGUAGAAAGAGAAAUAUUUUUCUUUUACCACUGUGAGGGAGCUGUCUUUUCUGAAAAGUAGGAGGAUUAAACCAGGACCAAAAGAAACUAAGCUGGGUAAGUUUACUAAGAUCCCACAACUCAGGAAAUCUCUCCCUUUCUGGUUUGUACAAACAAACAUACUCAUACAUACUGAACUAGGGAAUUUUGUGUUCUCCAACAGAGUCCUUGACAUAUUUUUGGCUUCUCCUGUCAAAGGACUGUGCAGCAGGUAAACAUUGGGACCAAGGCUGAUAACUUUGCAAUGACCUUCUCUUGUCCCCUUGCCUAUCUGGGCCUAUUUAUGCAACAUAUUUGUGGAUUUGUGAAGUCCUCACCAAAUGUGGAAAGCAGGACAGACACAGGCUCUUCAGAAGAUUUUGUUUUCAUUUCAUCUUAAGGAGUAGCAAGCGAAACUGGCCACCCUCCAGUGUUGAAUGCAUGGACAAUCAAGGCUUGUAUCAGGAUGAAUGCUACAUUUAUAGAUCCUUUGAAAAAAAAAAAAGCCAAGAAGAAACCUGAGGUUCAAAAGUCCGAAGGAAAGAGAUGCCAAGGAGGCGUUCUCAUCCGGAGUGCCUUCCACAAAGACGAAGCAAAACUUUCCUGACAGCCAUGGACCAGCUCCGGAGACCUCUCUUCUUUCUCCUUCUGAUUCUGGCACCUUUAAGCACUGUGGGUCAUCCUCUUCCAAUACAGGUACGUUCCCAUGAGAGGUCUAUACGUCAAGUGAAAGCUCUCCAAAGCGAGCUCAUAAUUUCCAGUUUCUUUGUGCGCUCAACGAUUGUAUCCCGCUAUGCCUCCACACGAGUGCGGACUUCCAUGAGCAACCCACAUCCCGAGGCCAAAGAAGCCAUCUUUGACUUGGAUCUGCCCCAUUCUGCCUUCAUCUCCAACUUUACUAUAACCAUGAAUGAGAAGAUCUAUGUGGCUGAAGUGAAGGAAAAGCACCAAGCUAAGAAGAUGUAUGAGGAAGCCCGCAGGCAGGGAAGAACAGCAGCUCAUGUUGGCACCAAGGAUCGAGAAAUAGAAAACUUCAGAGUAUCCACCAGUGUGGAAGCAGGAGAAAAGGUGGCCUUUGAGCUGACCUAUGAGGAAUUGCUUCAGCGACAUUUGGGGAAGUAUCAGCAUGCUAUCAGCAUCCGUCCCCAGCAGGUGGUGAGGAACCUCACAGUGGAAGUGAGCAUCUCUGAGAGAACUGGCAUUGACCAGAUCCAAGUCUUGCCCCUCCGCACAAGUCGACUGAUGACCAAUACUCUUCAAGGUGAAGCUGAUAUGCCACCCUCAACUCGAGUGGAGAAAGGACGGCACUGUGCUUGGAUUGUCUUCACCCCAACCCCCCAAGAACAGGAAGCCUUCUCCAGCUCAGGAAUCAUCGGUGAUUUUGUGGUGCAGUAUGACGUGGCCAUGCCGGAUGUUGCAGGAGACGUACAGAUCUACAAUGGCUACUUUAUUCACUACUUUGCCCCAAGGGGGAUGCCCCUUGUGCAGAAGGAUGUGGUCUUUGUAAUUGACAUCAGUGGCUCCAUGUAUGGCACCAAGCUGAAACAGAUCAAGAAAGCUAUGCACGUCAUCUUAAGUGAUCUUCACCAAAACGACCAUUUCAACAUUGUUACUUUUUCUGACGCAGUGAAUGUGUGGAAGCCAAGUCAAUCCAUCCAAGCCACUUCCCAAAAUAUCCGGAGGGCCAAAGAUUAUGUCAGCAAAAUGGAAGCAGAUGGAUGGACUGACAUCAACGCAGCGUUGCUUGCAGCUGCCUCCAUCUUCAAUCGAAGUUCUUUGGUGGAUGGAAAGGUGGAGAAGGAGCCAAGAAUCCCACUGAUCAUCUUCCUGACCGAUGGUGAACCCACUUCAGGAGUAACAGCUGGCAGUCGCAUUUUAACCAAUGCUCAGCAGGCUCUUAAGGGCACCAUCUCACUCUUUGGUCUGGCCUUUGGAGAUGAUGCUGAUUAUGGGCUGCUGAGACGACUCUCGCUAGAGAACCGUGGGGUGGCCCGGCGUAUCUACGAGGAUGCUGAUGCUACUUUGCAGCUCAAGGGUUUCUAUGAUGAAAUUGCCAGCCCUCUGCUGUAUGAUGUGGAGCUGUCCUAUCUUAACGGGGUUGCAGAAGACCUCACGCAGAACCUCUUCCCCAACUAUUUCCAGGGUUCUGAGCUUGUUGUGGCUGGCCGAGUGAAGCCAGGAGCAUCAAAACUGCAGGUGCGCACAACAGGGCAAGGCCAGGAAGGCCCAUUGAACCUGGAAAAUGACAUUUCAACCAAUACCACUGAAGCUGCUCCAUUUGGCUGCCUUGGCGAGAUCAACAAGAUCGGUCACUUUGUACAAAGGCUCUGGGCCUACUUCACCAUUCAAGAUCUGCUACAAGCCCGGUUCCGAGCCAAUGACACUGCUGCCCGGCGUCUCCUGACAGAAAAAGCUACCAAUUUGUCAAUCAAAUACAACUUUGUCACUCCUGUCACCUCCUUGGUAGUGGUGAGGCCAGAAGAAGCCAGAGACAGAAACCAGCCUGUGAAAACCACAGUUCCUCCAAGGAUGACUAGAGUACCAAAAGCCUCUCCUCAAGCAUUGGCUGUAUCUGUUUUGCCAAGACUUUCUAAGGCAGCUAAAUCUGUUCUUGGAGUUACUGAUGCUCCUGCAAUAACAAAAGCUUUCAAGGAAAUGAUGGGGACAGGAACGGUUCCAGUGACGGCACCUAGGCUCUUUAAAGCAGCCAGAGCCACCUCUUCACCUGUUAGCACUAUGUCCACCACCACCACUCCACCUGUCUAUCCCACCAUAGUACCUACUGCCACCGGCCACCCCAAAUCAGCCAAAGUCACAACAAUUCUGGGGAGAACGACCAUCUCUUGGACUCCCAUAGCGAGCCAUAGAUCUACUAAACCCCCAAGAGCUACCACCACUUUUAAGUCAACCAGGUCACCUGUAACCGUCCCCAAGAUCAGUCCCACCAAAGCAGCGAGACUCAAACUCACUGUUCAGCCACACCCUGCACUGGAGACUAGAGGAACAGCCAUGACAAAGGUUAUGGCGGGGGUCCCCAACACUGUGGUCAGGACACCGACUGCUUUGUACCCUUUUGCCAGCCCAAAGAUGCUGGAGAGCAACUCCAGUCAUUGGGAACAGCCCAAGACGACCCCAUGGCCAGCCACUCAGUACCACCCAUAUAGCAAGUGGCAAAUGAGUACUGCCAGGAUGGAGACAGGGAAACUUCCCAGGAGCAAGACAAACACCAAGGAUGGGGUAACCGCGAAGUUGCACAUUGAUAGGCCCCAGGAGAAAAGCACAGUCUCUUGGGCCACCUCCUUCACCACUCAGGCAGCAGAAUUAGAGGGAGCCAGUCCGGUUCCUGGCACCUCCACACCUGCCUCUGACAUCAGCCUCCUCCUGCUACCUGGGGAGUCUGAAUUACACUCAACCACCAUCCAGAACACAGAAUAUGUGGAGUCCUUGAACCCGCCAGCUUUAUAUAGCUUUUUGAUACCCAAAGGACUUGGAGAAAACGUGGAUUAUGGAGACUAUCCAGAUUUUUUUGAAGAAUCGGACAGCGAAUCAGACUCCCUGGGAGUGUCACCCAAAUCUGGCCUCUUCACUUUUUCCUCUUGGGGUAACAACCCAUUCCUAGCUAUGAAGAAUUCACAGGGCCUCCAUUUUUUUUUAAAUGUCUUGUUAAUGGAUAUCCUUUGCUUCUUCCUUGCAGUGGAUGGAGACCCGCACUUUGUAAUAAAGUUGCCACAUUCACUGGGGAAUCUGUGCUUCACCCUGGAUGGACGCUCAGGAGAUAUCCUCCGGCUGGUGAGCGACUCUGCCACAGGUUUGUCUGUUAAUGGGCACCUAAUGGGAGCCCCUUCAAGGCCAGGCCACGAAGAACGUCCCCGCACCUAUUUGGAUGUCAUCACCAUAGUAGUGGAGCACCCACAUAACAGCUACGUGGUUAAUAUAACCCAGAAGGGUGUGACACUAUAUGGUGAAGAAGUGUUGGUCUUGCCCUUAACUCAGCGGGCCACAAUCAAUAAGGCCCCUCUGGCCAUUUCCGUGUGGCCCGAGGCCAAUAUCAUUGUCCAGAUUGGGCCCAUGGUUGAAUUUCUUGUCCUGCUGCAUCACUAUAGCCAUCCCACAGUCCUGCAGUUGGAUCAUCUUGGCUUCUAUAUUGUGAAGGGCCAAGGCCUGUCAGCCACAGCAGGCGGCUUGCUAGGCCAGUUCCAGAAUAGCAACAUCAGCCUUUCCCCAGAUCCAUCUAAAGGGGGUAAAGUUGCCUGGAUGCAAAGCGAUGGGAAGAAAGUACUAAUCUCUGAAGUCUCCAAGACGCUGAAGGAUUCAAUCCAGAAGGCUCAUGAAGCCAAGUGCUGGCUGGUGAAGCGCAAGGAUGUGGAAGAGUUGCUGGGAGCCUCCUACUGCUCCUACCUUGCCUCCAACCUGUUGGAAAUAUGAGCUGCCCUCUUCCAUUCUCUGUUUAGAAAAGGUGGACCAGCAGGCUUACCAGAAUACAGGACCAUUUUCAGGUUUCUCCUUCACCAUUUUGGUUACGCAUGAUGGGGAGAAGACGGGGAAAUCCAUCAUCUCCUUCUGGAUCUUGGCAGCCGGUCCUUGGAAAUGGAACAGACAUCAGACUAUAAUAAAAGAGAAACUGAUUUCUCACUGUGCUGUAGGACCAAUCUAUCCCCAUGCUGUAUCAUGCUGAUAUAAUGCAGAGAGCGACAUUGUGCUUAGCUGCAAAUUUGUCUUCUGGACAGCAGAUGGAAGGAUUUGAUGUGUUUAUUCCUUUUUUUUUCUCUGCGAAAGGUUAAGAAAUCCUUACGUUUUGGAAUUAGCACAACAGAUUUCCCCCCUCCCCAAAGUUCACAGCCUUAAUUGGAAUUGUUAAGAACAAAGACAGAAUGAGGCUUUCUGUGGGCCUCAAAUGCUGGACUGAGAGUUGCGUGGGAUCCACUCCAAUCCCUCCAUAUUGUCCUUGUCUAGCUACACUCCAUGAUGGAAAGCCGUAGAGGCAAGGCCAAUGUGCCCUUUUCAAUCAGUUGAGAAAUAUAUACCAACCACAGUGCCAUGCUCCAGUAUUUCAGCUCAUAUCAAAUUGACCAAAUGUGUGAGAGAAACUGCUGCUCAAAGGCACAACAGAAGGGAAACAGCUGAGGCAUCUGACUUGCUGGGUCACAAAAAUAAAAGCAGGAGCCCUGCAAAUUUCUUCCAAUAGCAAGAAAGUCAAAGAUGCUAGAAGGCAUUGAUCAAUUUGAGAGCCAUUUUUUUUUUUAACCUGGCUUAGUAUGUUCUGGACACGUUUUAGUUAUUCAACAAUCCAGCUUAUGCCAUGUUAGCCUUUCCCUUUGGAGUGCUUUGGCUUUGGACAGGUGGACAAUAAUAUGAACAGUGAGCACUCACUGUCUUCCUUGUGGCAGAUUUUCCUGAACAUGCAACACCCCGGGGAGCAGCUGGGAAGAGCAGCCGAUUCAAAAGACUUCCCAUCAUCAAUAGAGAACAAUUACCAGCUUGCUAACAGUUGGAUAGAGGAAAAGGUGUGGGUGGGUUGCUUUUUGUUAUUUCAGAGUGGCCCCCCUACUGUUUCAUUGGUAGAUUUAAUCGGACCCCAUGUAGUCAACAUUUUUAUCUUCUGGAGACUAAAAGUAGAAAUGGGCAGGAUGGCAGAUGGAUUCGUUGCACCCUGUUCAUUUAUGCGACUUGGGAGUCUUUUUACAAUUUCUAGGGAAUCUCCUCCUAGACAUCUCCCAUCGACAAGGAAACUCAAGUUGCUCCCCCAGCGUCCAAUGCAGGGAAAGGGACUGAAACGUAAAAAAAAGAGAAAGGAAUAAAAGCUACUAAUGCAUCUGUCAAAAUGUUUUUGCAUUGAAAGGCCACAGCAG